GGACGGGUCACUGGGCAAGGACCGGGUUCCUGCUUGAAGGAUGAAGACUUGUCUUUAAGGAUGACACCUGAUCUCUUCUUGACUCUAGGCCUACAGUACCCCUCUUCCUUUGGCCCUGUCUCUCUUGCUGCGUACCCCGUGUCCCUACUUCCCCUCUGAGGUCUGUCCUCAUUCUAGAAGUUCCCAGGACAGAGACUUAGGCAAAAAUGGUCAGUGUUCCCCCUUGAGUAGUGUCAGUGUUUCCCUGUUCUCAAGCCCAUUCAACGAUCACCCUCUUGCUUUCUCAACCUUUUCCUUCACCCAAGGGACCCUCUUCCUCUCCAGCCCACCCCCAAACUCCUUUGUGUUGGUUUUCUGGUCAUUUCUCCCUGUCCCAUCUGGCCCCCACCCCCACCAUCCUCCCAGCUAUCCCAGCACCCUCCUUCCUAAUCUUGGGAGGCAUCUCUGGCUGAACUGGAGAAUUCCGGGAUCUAGGCCAUACUCCUAGCAGACAGCCCCAUCCUUGGGAGGAGGAACAGGAGAGAGCCUGAGGAAGAACUGGGGGGUGGGGGGUGGGAACAAGGUCAAGCCAAGAGGCCCCUGAGGACAGAGACUGUAGGGAAACUGGAACUGAGGGGAAAGCAAAGUAGUGAGAGCCAGGGUCAAAGAAAGGGGGUAGCGGGGUGGCAGCAGGGAAGUACUUGCAGGGGAGGCUUAGCAGCUGUCUUUCCUAAGACAGGGACACAUGGGCCUGAUUAUUCCUCUUGUCAUAUGUGGAGUGGUAAGAGAUGGAAGAGGGCAAAAGGCAGGGCAAGCGCAGGGCAUGGGCACAGAGGUAAGGGAGUUUAUUUGUGCAAGCCCUUGGGCCCCAGCAGAAGAGCACCUGGACCCAGCCUUAACCCAGCACACACCCCUCACCCUCCAAUCCCUUCAAACUGUUCACACCUUUUCUCCAUACCAUGACCCCUAACAAGAUCAUUCUCCAAUAUAGGCAAUACCCAGAUUCCAUUUGGGAAAGCGUAAUUACAAGACUCCCUAGGGAGUUGUAGGAGAAACCUGGAUCUUGGCAGCUGGUGUGGUAAUCAAAGAGAAGAAAUUUGGAUAGCUAGGAACUGAAAACCUCAUCAAUCUGAAGCAAGACUUACAUGACUUUUCCCCCAGGACAAACAUGUCCUGCCAGAUAUCUCCUGGACAAAACCUCUAUUCCUUUCCCAUCUCUCCCCCAGCCAGGUCCCAGGUUCCCAUCUUCUAGGAAAAGAUGGAUCCUCCUAUGCAAAUCCUCCCUGUUGUGUGUGUGGGUGGAGGAUCUGGGCUCCAUUAGUGGACCAUGGUCCAGGCUGGGGCUCCACGUCCAGCUUGGAUAGGAGAAGUCGUCACUUCCGGGGCCUUCACCAGUGUCUGGUGGCUCUCUUCUCUGAUUGGGCAGAAGUGGCCAGGUCAAGCCUGUGACCCCACUGCAGUGAAGGGGCUGUGCCCCAACGCCACAUGUCUUCCUAUUUCAUCUGCUCCCCAAAGUGCUUGCUGCCUGCUGUGCACCUGGGUCCUUAAGCCCUUCUCCACCCGGAUUCCAAAUCAUCUUCCCUGGCCCACGCGUGCCCCACCCCACUCUGCCCAGAAGUGCAAAGAGCCCAAGCCGCCUCCAUGGCCCCAGGAAGGAUUCAGGGGAGAGGCCCCAUACAGGGAGCCACUCCAGCCAGACACCCCAGCCAGAAUGGAGCUGACUGAAUUGCUCCUUGUGGUCAUGCUUCUCCUUACUGCAAGACUAACUCUGUCCAGCCCGGCUCCUCCUGCCUGUGACCCCCGACUCCUAAAUAAACUGCUUCGUGACUCCCACGUCCUUCACAGCAGACUGAGCCAGUGCCCAGACAUCAAUCCUUUGUCCACCCCUGUCCUGCUACCUGCUGUGGACUUUAGCUUGGGAGAAUGGAAAACACAGACGGAGCAGACGAAGGCACAGGACAUUCUAGGAGCAGUGAGCCUUCUACUGGAGGGAGUGAUGGCAGCACGGGGACAGCUGGGUCCCACCUGCCUCUCAGCCCUCCUGGGACAGCUUUCUGGACAGGUCCGAAUCCUCCUUGGUGCCCUGCAAGGCCUCCUUGGAACCCAGCAUCCUCCACAGGGCAGGACCACAGUUCACAAGGAUCCCAAUGCCAUCUUCCUGAGCUUCCAACAACUGCUCCGAGGAAAGGACUUCUGGAUUGUUGGAGGCGAACUUCAGUGUCUCAGCCAGAACUACUGGCUCUGGACUUCUGAGCAGGCUGCGGGGAUUCAGAGCCAAGAUUCCUGGUCUGCUGAAUCAAACCACCAGGUCCCCAGACCAAAUCCCUGGAUACCUGAACAGGACACACAGACCUUUGAAUGGAACUCAUGGACUCUUUCUUGGAGCCUUACCUGGGACCCUAGAAGCCCCAGACAUUCCACCAGGAACUUUGGGCACAGGCUCCCAGCCACACAACCUCCAGACUAGAUAUUCUCCUUCCCCAACCCAUUCUCCUACUGAUCAGUACACACUCUUCUCCCCUUCACCCACCUUGCCCACCCCCAUGGUCCAGUUCCACCCCCUGCUUCCUGACCCUUCUGCCAACUCUACGAACCCUCUUCUAAUCAGAGCCCACCC